AUGGCGGCCCUGAGCAGGUUCAUCUCCAGAAUCUCCAACAAAGCUCAUGACUUCUUCGGAACCCUCAAAAAUCCAAAGGACUUCCAGUGGACGGAAGAAUGCGAAUCCGCCCUCCAUGAGCUAAAGGCGUAUCUCACCACUCCUACUCUCCUAUCUAAGCCACUACUCGGUGAGGUCCUGCUACUAUAUCUAGAAGUCUCCGAACACGCCUUGAGCGCCGUCCUAGUCCGCGAGGAGGGAAGCAAGCAGCUACCUAUCUAUUACGUCCUAGCGGACUUCGUGGCCGAAUUCUCCCUUGCCUUACUUCCAGCUUUGGAGCAAGAAGUACGCCUCCGAGGCGAAACCAAGGAAGAGGGAGAAUGGAUCCUGCACGCUGAUGGAUCUAGAAACAUCAGAGGGGCUGGAGUGGGAAUAGUGUUUAUCUCGCCGACAGGGAAUACGGCCUCAAGGGCCGUGAGAUGCAACUUCAAAGCGACAAACAACGAAAGCGAGUACGAAGCUCUAAUCGCAGGACUAACUCUCGCCCACCAAAUGGGGGCAGAAAACAUCCAGGUCUUCGGCGACUCCUAG